AUGGAAAGUGGGUUGGUGGUACUAAAUAGAAACCAUCAUAUGACAGGGCUCUUGAUGGGUUGCCAACUUAAUAUGUGGGACUUAACUAGUAAGCCAGUUCAUGGUGAUAAGGAGCUCUUUUGGCUAGGUCAAUUACUUAGUGGGCAAGAAGACUUUGAGUUUGCAAACAAACAUGCUGCUGCUAUUGGACAAGUUGAACAGUCGGGUAAGAUCAAAAAGGUGUGCUCGACACAGGUGGCUCAUUUUGAUGACAACGGAGAAUUGAUAUGGAUCAAUGGUGGUCUUCUGACAUGCAAGAAGAAUUCAGCCUGUUAUGAUUAUUCAAGAUUUAAGAACCUCAGAGGAAACUUCAACUCAUGUUUACUGUUAAAUUCAUAUUACCAGCAUCCAAUUGCACCCAAGGUUGCAUUAAUUACAGCACCUAAAGAGUAUUCUAUGUUUCAAAGAUCACUUGGUUGGAAGCAACAGCCGGAUCUAGGCUGUUUGGGAUACUUUUGGUGUACCCAUAGUGAUCUGAAUGCUGAAAAUGAUGAGUUAAUUGAAUUUAACUCUACAUUUAGAGAAUACUUUCAGAAUUUGGCAAACAUAUGGACUGGAGUAAAUUAA